UCAACCUCCCACAUCACCUAACAGACGCUAGAUUACAAUGUCCCUUUGUAAGACAAGGUUACAAGAAGAAAGAAAGCAAUGGAGAAAGGACCAUCCAUUUGGGUUCUACGCCAAGCCAACCAAGGCCACUGAUGGAUCGUUGGACUUGACUCAGUGGACGGCAGGAAUACCAGGGAAGCAAGGCACUCUUUGGCAAGAGGCCGUCUAUCCCAUCACUAUAAUAUUCCCAGAAGACUAUCCAUCCAAACCCCCAAAGGUGCGGUUCCCUGCUGGAUUCUACCAUCCAAACGUAUACCCCAGUGGAACCAUCUGUCUUUCCAUCUUGAACGAAGAGCAAGACUGGAGGCCUGCUAUCACCUUGAAGCAGAUUGUGUUGGGUAUCCAGGAGCUCUUGGACACCCCAAACCCUGACUCCCCAGCUCAAGAGCCAGCAUGGAAGGCUUUCAGCAAAGAUAAACAAAUGUACGAAAAGAAGGUCAAAGAACAAGCCAAGAAGUAUGCCAUUGCAGGAUGAGCAAGAACGGGACCCCUUUUCGGUACACUCACCAUCGUGGUGCUGCUACAUCCGUGGUAGACUUCCCUCUAGAACAAGACCGCCACCAUUUAGUUCAUAUGUAAUUUAAUAGCCUGUAAUAUUAAGAAAAGUUCCU